UUAGUUUUUACUUUUAUUAGGAUUUGUUGAGUCAUAAGGUUAAGGAUGGUAGGAGGGGUUACUUUAAGGGACGUAGAUGCUGAUAAAUUUAUUCGCUGUUAUGCAAAAUUUCUAAAACAAUCGGGAAAAUUAGAAGUUCCUUCAUGGGUAGAUAUAGUUAAAACAGGACAUUUUAAAGAAUUGGGACCAUAUGAUUCAGAUUGGUUUUAUGUUCGAGUAGCAGCUAUUGCAAGACAUAUAUAUUUAAAAAAUCGAAGUGGAGUAGGUUCUUUAUGUAAAUUAUAUGGUGGAUCGAAAAAUAGAGGAUCUAGACCAUCUCAUCAUUAUGAUGGUUCGGGGUCUAUUCAAAGAAAAGCACUUCAGUGUCUUGAAAAGAUAGGAGUUCUUGAGAAAGAUGCACGAGGGGGUCGAAGAAUUACUCAACAAGGUCAACGUGAUCUUGAUCAUAUUGCCUUGUCAGUUUUUGAAGCGAAAUAGGCUAAUGAGUAAAUUUAUUAGAUGGAAAGAUUUAUAUAUAAAAAGGAGA